AUGGUGAAAUCCAAGUAUGAAAAGGAUCGGAUUUGUAAGAGGGUGGAGAGGUUGGUGGUUGAUGGGAAUGAGUUUCCGCAAUUCCAUGGUGCCACCAUUACUUGUUCAUUAGGGAUCAAUGGCUUAUCAACCAUUUGUCAAAAGAUAUGCUGCCAAGCUUGCAGGAUAAUAGCUUCUGGCUUUGACACCGGAGACAAGACUAUUUCUUCGUCCACGACAGUUGGAAGGCACAUGAGAAGGCUGCCAAGGAAUGUGCUGGGAAAGGAUAGUGUGCAAGGAAGGCCAUUGAUGUGUGUAGAGUGA